AUGGGAAAAGAGAGGACUAAUUUCAUUAUAAAAUGCCCAAAGUAUGCAGUUUAACAAAAUUGGUAUAUAUCUUAUUUACCUGCUUGGUGUAUUUCAUAUAUGAAAACUCUAAAGCAAAAUUCAAUAAAGAAAAUAUAAGCGCACCAAAUGCGCAAGACAUUCGAUGUCAAACUAGAGGUCGAUUUUCAUUGGUCCCACUUUGGAGGCACAAAGGGCAGCGUAUAGAUGGCGUUGGAUAUGGUUGCCAAUAUAUUCCUGAAGAUGACACUGGCAAAUCAUUUGAAGACGAUGGUGACAUAAAUACUAUUUUGUAUGGAUACAGCAAGAAUGUUAGGGAUGUGCUGAUAGCGAAUAAAAUAAACCCUACACAAUGGUUAGAUGCUGUCAGAAAUACUUACAGCUCAGCGAGAGAGUAUGAGAUUAAUGCCACCAAAGUAGUGUGUAACGAAAGUAGAAAUACAUGUAUGAAGGCUGUAGAGGCGAUAGAAACAAACAAUCAACAUUUCCAGAUACCCUUUAGUGAAUUUUUCAAAUCAUUUAACGAGCUGCAACAAAUGCCAUUCUUUAAAGAUUUAAAGACGAUAUUGCAAUCGUUGCCUAUUUCGCAGAUACAUACGUUAGGCAUCUCUGCUAAUUAUAUCCCAUCAUUACUUAAUUGGAUUCUGAUAUCCAAGAAAUAUACAGUGCCACCUAUCGAUCAUAUCCUUGUGUACUCUCUGGAUAGUGAGUUCUGUAAGAUUGUAGAUGAGAAGGGCUUUGACAUUCACUGUAUUGUAGUAAACCUCAGACAGGUCGUUAAACCUGUUCCCAGGCAAAGGGGGUUUGAAAACAAAUCGUUGAUGUGGAUGGUCCGUCUCCUUAUAUGGAGAAUAUGUAACUAUCUAGGAUACGAUGUCAUAAGUUUCGAUGCUGAUGCGUUACCUAUACGCAACCCCGGAUCGCUGUUUCAUAAAUUUCCAGAUGCGGAUAUAAUGGCGGGUCAGACAGCUUUUUACCCUACAUAUAUACAAGCGUACUGGAAGAUGAAGACUUUGAAUAUGGGAACUGUAUUAUUGAGGGCAUCGUUAAAUUCAAGUCAGUUUUGGGAGAUACUGUCAGCAUUUUCCGACCAGCAACUCGAAUCACUUAGAAUUGACGAUCAAAAGCUGAUCAAUGAAGUUAUCGUCUGCCUCGGGGUAAGAUGGGAUUUCCCUCCAUUGUGGCUGACAUACACAAAUAUGGCUAGAGACCCAAUCAUCAGAGAGAACGAGGAAAUGAUGCUUGGUCGCGAAUUAAUCCAAGGUCACGCAUCUAGCCUCAAGGUCAUUGGAAUUCCGGGGCUUCUAUUUUGCAGACGAACUUGCUUCUUGGAUCGACUCCAAGAGAUAUAUGUCUGGCAUUCGUGUGUAAAGGACAAGAAAGGAGAAAUAUGGCUGUUGAAUGAUGAUUGGGAAGAAAAAAUAUUAUACCUCCCAAAUGUUUCUAAGAUGAAAGUUACAGAUGAUGCGUGGAUGACGUCAUUAAUCAACUCAACAGUUUUUGAGAAAUUACCUGUCCCUUGUUCGUAG